CGACAGGACUCGCUAUCUACAAUCAAUCGUCCGCGUUCUUGGUGCUAUUUGAGUUGCUGCUGCUACAUCUAGCGUCAUCUGUUAUUUUCAUAAUCAUGGUCAUCCUCGCAGCAUCAAUAUGUACCCGCGGGGGCAAAGCAGUCCUUUCGCGUCAGUUCCGCGAGAUCGCUCGAUCUAGGAUUGAAGCUUUGCUGGCAUCUUUUCCAAAGCUAGCGGAUUCCGGUACCCAGCAUACGACCGUCGAGCAAGAUAACGUCCGCUUCGUCUACCAACCUCUGGACGAGUUAUACAUCGUUCUAAUCACAAAUCGCCAAUCCAACAUCCUACAAGAUAUUGACAGUCUGCAUCUUUUUGCCCAAGUGACCACCAGUAUUUGCAAGAGUUUGGAUGAGCGGGAGAUCCUGCGCAAUGCCUUUGAGUUGCUCAGCGCGUACGACGAACUGGUGACUCUUGGAUACAGGGAGAACUUGUCCCUCUCUCAGAUAAAAACAUUCUUGGAGAUGGAGAGUCACGAAGAGAGAAUACAAGAGAUUAUUGAAAGGAACAAGGAGCUCGAAGCCAGCGAGGAGCGCAAGAGAAAGGCGAAGCAGCUGGAGAUGCAACGAAAAGAAGCCGCUCGCAACGCCCGGAGCAUGGCUCCUCGCACUCCUUCCUACCCUGUCUAUACUCCACCGUCGCGUCCUGUUGUUCCCGACACCUACGACAGCUAUGAAGCAGAGAAGAAGAAGACAUUCGCUAAGCCGUUACCAACUCGUGGAAAGGGUAUGCAGCUCGGUAAGAAGUCGAAGACUACAGAUAUAUACGAAAAGGUUCGCGGCGACUUGGGUCCGGAGGCUGAAGAAUCAAGCCCCCUGGUGACACCACAGGCGUCAACACCAGUCGCAGAGAAGGCGUCCCCCGCUCGAGGUUCACUCUCCAUGGAUCGGGAACCCAUUCACAUUACCAUUGCCGAGACUAUCUCCGCCGCCCUUACCCGUGAGGGAGCUCUGAAAUCUUUCGAAGUGAAGGGUGACCUACAGCUCCGCAUCACCGACCCUGCCUUCACCAAGCUCAAACUCAACCUGUUGGCUAAUCCCACACACGGUGCCCAGUUCCGUACUCAUCCAAAUGUCGAUAAGGCAGUGUUCAGCAAUUCUUCCGUGAUCCAGCUGAAGGAUACUUCCAAGCGAUUCCCAGCUAACAACUCGAUCGGAGUGCUUCGCUGGCGCGUCGCCAGCUCCGGAUCCGACAGUGCCGAUAUUCUCCCUAUUACAUUUACCGUUUGGCUCAAUAAGGGCUCCGACUCCACUACGGUAACGGUCGAGUAUGAGUUAACCGGCUCGGACAACCUUCGGGAUGUCGUGGUGACCAUCCCAUACGGCACGACAGAGCCAGCUGUAUCUAGCUUCGACGCCGUUUAUGAGGUGUCAGGGGACAGCCUAGACUGGAAUAUUGGAAAUGUGGACGAGAAUAACGCUUCCGGUAGCUUCGAGUUUGAGUCGACCGGAGACGACGAGAACGAGUUCUUCCCUAUGACCGUGCGCUUCACCAAGACCAACCCCUUCGUCGAAGUCGACGUUACGGAUAUUUCUCUACUAGAGGAAGGAGAAAGUACUGGGUUCUCCAAGGACGUCAAGAGCGUUGCAGACGGAUAUCUUAUCGAGUAAUUUUCUGUUUUGGGUGUAUAAAGUACUAAUGACGUUCGGACCGCCCCCCCAACCCUUUUUUUUUUGUAUGAGGCUACUGCAAGUUGCUCUUUAAUUUGUUUAACAAGACCCAUUUUCAACGGCAUUCUUUCCAAUUCACACCUCUACCCCAUUUCCCCCUCUUGUUCAAAGAUUUGUCCCAAAAAUC